AUGACUCACUUUGAAGUAACUUACAACAAACAAUCAAAGCACUUCAACGCUGCUGCGUCCAUCACCUGGAAUGACCUCUCUUCAAAGCUCCGCACAUUGUUCUCGAUUCCAUCCUCGAAAGCGAUAAUCAUUUCGUACAUUGAUAAGGACGGGGACGCGAUUGCAUUGUCGAACGAUUCGGAUCUACGUGAACUUGCUUCACAACAGAAUGAAGGAUCAACGGUUAAAUUGACAUUAUCGGCGGAUAGUGAGAAAGACGAUAGUAGUGGAGAUGAGAGCUGGAUAGUUGAAGGAAAUAAAUUUGGAGAAAAUCCUUUUUCCGAAACCGACAACUCUUCCGUUGAACGUACCGAAUUACCACCACUCACGAGCCCACCAAGUUAUCGCUCAGUAACUCUAACAGACGAAAAGGACGAAGACGAAUUCGACUCAACCACUCACUCUGUCAACAAAGGUAAAGAAAAGGAUGACUCAUCGACGCGUACCUUGUCGGAUGAUCCAAAUCCAGAAAAUACGUCACGGCCACCAUUUCUGGACCUUGCAGAACAGUUCCAAAACAUACUUGACCAAUUUAAGGACGUUCUUGACCGAAAUCCACAAUUAAUCGACAGCGUAAACGUUGUAAUGGAUCGUAUUUUGGCUGGAUCGUCUGUAGAUAUACAGGAUUAUGCUGAUUGGUUGGAGUCGUUCAGGAACUUUGGAUUUGGAAAAUUCGGGAAAGAAAAAGAGAAUGCUUUUAGCAAUUGUUGCAAUGAUCAACGCAGUUACCAAAAUAGGUGUGGGAAGAAUGCGAAUUGUAAACGGACAGCGGCUAACCCAGAAAAUAAAAACGACAACUCGGAAUCUCACGAUGGGAUCUACAUAGCGUUCCACGGCCUUCCACAUCCAAUGUUUGUCCCCAGACCUGUGUUCGGUCAUCCAUUCCUAUAUGCUGCUCCGUGGCAUAGGACACCAUUCAAUGCAUUCUACACCAACCCGUUCUUUACACCAUUCUCAUUUUUUGAUGACGACACCGCAUUUCGAUAUUAUAUGCCCCAUUACACAUACGCUCCAUUUUAUACGCAGAGGUGCAUUCCAACCAUAUACGUUACGAGGCCUGAUACAUCCCCGACGGACGAGAAACGAGCAGAGAGUUCAACAAAAGGCGCCGAGUCUGCAAAGACAUGUAAUUGGAAGAAUGGAAGAAAUAGAUGUAAUGGGGUAAGAUUUGGAGCACCAUAUGCGUCAGAAAGAGGUUGUAAGUAUGCGUGCCGUCAGCGAUCUGCGUGCGGCAGUGGCAAUGGUAAUAAUGCUGAUGCCAAUUUCAACGUGUCCGAGAAGAUCACGCUACUGAAUACAAUGGGAUUCGAAGACAAUGUUCAGAACGAGGAUUUACUAAAACGUUACAGUGGGAAUGUCGAUCGUGUGGUUGAAGUGUUGUUGCAGCGACAACAAGAAACGUUCAAACAAGAGCAGCAACAGAAGGAACAACCGCGUUCAAAUGGCGAAGAGAAAACUGAGAUCGAUGGUGAUGAUUUUAGCGAGGCUGAAUCCAAACCAUAUAGUCUGAAAAUUUAA